AUGGUUAUGGCUGUCUCUCGGCUUGGUGGUUUCAAUACACUCAUGUACUACUCGAGCACGCUCUUCUCAAUGGUUGGCUUCGAUAAACCUGUUGCGGUAUCUAUUGUUGUUGGAGGUACAAACUUCCUCUUUGGAUUUGUCAAUUCCGCAGUGAUUGACAGAUUCGGACGAGUCAUUCUGAUUGUCACCGUUCUCGGCAUGUCCCUCUCGCUGGUAGUAACAGCAAUCGGCUUCCACUGGAUCCCAGUAACACACAUGGACUCAGCAUCAACAACAACCGCAGGCUCCGAAUCCUGGGCAACAAUCUUACUCCUAGUAACAAUCAUCCUCUACGUGGCCUUUUUCGCCGCAGGCGUCGCGCCAGUAGCAUGGGUUGGCACGGAGCUUCUCCUACUUGAAGUGCGCGCACUGGGUACAAGGUCAAUUCUGUGA